UUCUCCCAUGGCUUCCUUAGUAUCUUCAAGUUUGAAUGCAGAAGCUCCCGAAUUUCACCCCAGUAACCAAGUGCAUACCCUUCAUCCUCCAUACUUCACUUUCGCUCCUCUCAGACAUCAACCUUCUUACCCUUUAUUAUAUUACUACUAUCCCACUGCCACAAAACAUCAUUUUCAUUCAUCAACUUACUUUUCCGUUCGCAUUCACCCAGACCUCACCACCGCAACUCCAACUUUUCCACCAUCUAGCGGUGUGAAAAAUGAAAUGGCGGUGGAGGCGGCAUCUACAGAGGGUAAUGAUGGAGAAUUGAAAGGCCGUAGUUCUCAUGGAUUGAGAAUCCCGAAGUUUGAGUGGAGGAAGAAGGGACUAGAUGUUGCUGAAAAAGACCCUAAACAUAACAAUGAGAGUUUGAGAAAGAAUCAUCACCGAAAAUAUGUUUGUAUUCAUGAACGUUCUAGGGUUUCCACCGACAGGAAGAAUAAAGGAAGUGGUUUUCCUGUGGUUCCCGUUCGUCUGGACGGAGAUGAAACAACUGUUAUGAUAAAAAACAUUCCUAGCAAAUAUACUCGAGACAUGAUAGUGAAGUUCUUGGAGAACCAUUGCAUGGUCGAAAAUGCAAAAGAUCAAGAGAAUGGAGAAGAAAACACUUUCUCCUUUGAUUUUGUUUACUUACCAAUAGAUUUCAGAACUGGGUUGAAUAAAGGAUAUGCAUUUGUUAAUUUCACUAAGCCUAGUGCAGCUUGGAGAUUUGUUCUGACAGCUUCAAAUCAGAAAUGGGAAUUGUUCCUUUCCCACAAGAUACGUGAUGUGGUCGCCGCACGCCUCCAGGGAAAAGAGAAACUGGAGAAACAUUUCGGAAGUGUGAAUUUUCCCUGUGAGUCCGAGGAAGUUCUGCCACUAUGCUUUAGUCCACCUCGGGAUGGUGUAAUCAAAGGAAGCCAAAGGACAUUGGGGAGGCUUCUCUAUAUGCCUCAGUAGUUUUUUAUUAUCAUUUCAUGGGUUAUCGUAUAUGUAGUUAGGUUUA